AUGUCAAAAGAGGAGUUUGAAGAAUGGUGCAAACCAUGGAAAAAUGCUCUCAUGGUCAAGGUGUUGGGCAAAUGUGUUACUUUCGCGUUCAUGGAGCAACGUCUCCGCAAAGAUUGGGAAAGUAAAGGUUCCACAGAAGUGAGGAAAAUCGCUACCUGGAUCCGGAUCCCAAAUCUUCCAAUUGAACUUUAUAACCACCGGUUUCUUUGGAGGGUAGGAUCCGCUAUUGGUCAUAUGCUAAAAGUCGAUCGUACCACCUCAAUUCACUCGAGGGGGAAGUUUGCCCGUAUAUGUGUUGAAAUUGACCUGGCUAAACAACUGGUACCUCGGAUCUCGGUUCUUGGAUGUGAACUCCACCUUGAGUAUGAAAGUUUGCAUCAAAUCUGCUUUUCAUGUGGCAAAUAUGGCCAUAGAUCAGAGCAAUGUAUAGAGAACCUCGCAUCUGGCGACAAUCCGAUGGAAGACACUAGCGCCGGAGAUACUACUCCAGUGGAGGUACCGGUCGGGAGGGAGGGUGACCAGAAUGGAAAGUCUGAGACCCCACGAAAUCAGCAAAAUCACAUUAAUGGUCAAUCCAUCGCUGAUUUUGGGCCAUGGAUGAUGGUUAAAAGAUAUGUUGACAAAAAGAAAGCUCAAUCAGGACAUAAGAAAUCUCAGGCCAAUCAGGUGCCGAUUUCUAGCUAUAAUUCUAAAAAGGACGGGUCUCCAAAAGGGAAAGAUUCUGGGCAGGGAUCCCGCUUUGCUAAUUUGCAUGGGAAAGUUCGGGGAACGUGCAGGAUAUAA